AUUUUAUAGCCGGUCAUAGCUCUUUAUCCCAAGAAGUAAUUACAGAUAUUAUGCAUACAUUUUCCUCCUUAUCUGUGGUCGAAAAUUGUCACAAACCACACAAAUAAAAGACACUGUUCUCACUCUAUAUUUGACACACUUUCUCUCUCAAAAACGCAGUAGCUUCCCCACUUUUCCCUUUUUCUUCUACUGCCAUAAACUCAGCUCCUUCCGCUAAGAAACCCUAGUUUCUUCUUCACAUCAAAAAUCGAAGGAGAAGGCGAUCGUGAUGCAUUCUGGCAAUAGCGGGAGCCUACAAUCAUCCAGCGGCGGCGACGAGGAGUACGACUCACGCGCCGCCGACUACACGUUCACGACCAUUCCCAACGCGCCCCCACAGUUCAUCGACCCGCUCUCCGGCUACCUCCAGCUCCACCAGAACCCGAACUCGCUGCUUUUGAAUUCCCCAAAUCCGCUAAGAUCCGACCCGAAUCCGAGCCACGUCGCCGAAUUCCCCGCCCCGGCGCCCUUGAGCAGCAACACUCACCACCACCAGCAACAGCAACAGCAACAGGCGGCGGCGCGAAACCCGAAGAAGCGAUCUCGAGCGUCGAGGCGGGCGCCGACCACCGUGCUCACCACGGACACCGCCAAUUUCAGAGCCAUGGUGCAGGAAUUCACCGGAAUCCCCGCGCCGCCCUUCAGCACCUCCUCUUCCUUCCCCAGGAGCCGAAUCGAUCUCUUCGCCCCGAGAUCCGCCGCCUCCGUGGACUCCCCCCCGCCGCCGCCGCCCUACCUCCGCCGCCACCUCCCAAAUCUCUUCAAUAUCCCAAACCAAAACCAAAACCAAAACAUUCUCACAUCUCUCCUCCAAUCAAACGCCAAAUUUCCAUUUCCCGCCGCCUCCAAACCCCAAAAUUCACCCCAAAACGACUAUCAGUUCGGAUUUGGCCAUCGCAAUCCGGUCUCGGAAACCCUCCCCAACCUCAUCCACAACCACCACAACGACUUCCAAAGAAACGAUUUUGGCGGGAAAAUCAGCAACGGAGGGAAGUCGCCGGAGGGCAACGUGAGAGGAGGAGAAGGUAUGGUGGAAUCGUGGAUUUGUUCAUCGGAGUAGGCAUGAUUAUUGUGGUAGUAGAAAAUGUGGUGGUGGAGCAGUGAUGAUUAUUAUCAUGUCAUGAUUGAAAUAUUGAAAGUAAAAAAAGAGAGGGUAAAAGAUAUUGGAUCUUUCAUGAUCAAUUUUCACAAAGGUUUUCAACAAAAAGGAAGAAAUAUAUAAAGGCUUAAAUUAUGUGUGAAUAAUAGUCUUCUUUUUGGAUC